UCACACUAUUUAUAUGUGGCUAUUCAUUGUUCAUUUCGCAGUAUUUUUGAAAGAGCUCGCGGAAGUUGUUCUUGAAAUUUUCCCGCUCCUGGUACCGACAAAACCUGGAAUAUUACUGUGCUCUAAAAUUCAGCUACUAAAAAUUGAAGUUAUUUGAUAAUUUUCUACUCCUGGAUUACAUCUUCUGUUCAAAAUUACUCUCAAUCUACCUCAAAUUCAACCAUGAGUGUGAAAAGAAGUGCUCGUAUUCGAAAUUUGAAAGAAAAAAUUGAACCAAGUUUAAGCAUUGUGAUAAAAAGAGCAGAAAUACGAGUAGACGAUUUAAUCGUAGAAAAUCCACGUCUUCUUCGGCCACGACAGGAGAAAUGCUACAAAUACGAUUCGUUGAACGGUACGUUGGACGAAGAUGAGAGAGAUAAAGAUUACUCAACAAAAUCCGAUACUGAGACCGAAAGUGAUAGCGAUUCGGACUUCUUUUCGACGAAGAAACGCAAAUUAAAUAGUACCCGAAUUGAUAACUCUUCGUUACUUCAAGUGUUCGAAAACAUCGAUCCGACCGAAGAAGAAAAUGAGUACAGACGUCAGAGACAGCAAAAUAUGCUAGAUCGGUUUAAAGUUUUAGAUUCGUUAGAUUUAGAUUCAGACGUUAAACAGCUUAAAUCCAUUACUCCUGUACGAAAAUCCGAAGUACCGAAGAAAGUAGCUAAACCUCAACGACCAGCCUCUAAAUCUUCUACACCACGAGAACCGAUCAAAAGAUCUUUACGUUUGCAAAAUAGAUCGCUUAAUAUUACAAUGGAUAAUGAACUCGAGUUACAGUUCGGUUCAUUUACUACCGAGAAAAAUGAACCUUUUGAACGUACGAGAAUCACCGAUGAGCAAGUUAAUAUAGUCGACGAAGGUUCCGAUGAACAAAUGAUUGAGGUUAUGAAUACGCUGAAAAACGAUGUGAAUUUAUCUUACGAAGAGACUAACACGAUCUCUACGUGUGAUUACGAUAAAUACGUUGAUAUCGUUAAAUCUUGUCGAUUACAAUACGAACCUUUCAAAGUUAUCAAACAACGAAUCGUUUCUAUGGAUUUUCAUCCAUCGUCUAAGAAAUUAAUAGUUAUAGCUGGUGAUAAAAUUGGACAUAUGGCUAUACAAGAUUUAGUCAAACAGGAUACUAAUAUUGAAUUCCAAACUCACGCGUUCAACGUGAAUUGUGUCAGCUUCAGUCGAGAAGAUCAUACGAAAUUCUUCUCCACCAGUUUGGAAGGAUGUACCAGACAAGGAGAUAUCAAUAGCUCGAAGUCUAUACUGGUACAUCAAUCGGAUCCUGACCAACACACAACUUGGCAUCACGAAUUUGGUCAAUCGUUAUUUAUUGCCGAAGGCAGUGGAAUAGUAAAACUAGUCGACUUGAGGACACCCGGUGAGAAAAGCUCUAGUUUUAAAUGUCAUUCUAGAUCAGUGAGAAAUGUUAUGUUACAUCCAACGAACGACAAUUAUUUCGUCACAUGCUCUGGUACUGGCGAAUUUGGUAUUUUUGACAUCCGAACGAGCAGUUCAAAGAAACCGAACCCGGUAGUGCUGCAAACUUUUAAUAAAGGUUUAACCAGCGCAUUCAUUUCUGCUAAAGGCAAUUACGUCGUGAGUACCUGUAAUGACGAUACAAUUCGAGUACACGAUGUUUCAAAUUUACAAACGUCGACUAAAGUUUCGAAAGUAACUCAUAAUAAUCAUACUGGCCGAUGGCUUUCGGUAUUCAAAGCGAAAUGGCACCCAGGAAGAGAAGAUGCCUAUAUCGUCGGAUCAAUGUUGAGUGAUCCUAAAAGAAUUCAACAUUAUCAUCGCGAUGGACACAUGAUUCAUCAGUUUUCCGAUGAUCUGAUGACUACAUUCUCUCCGUGUAUUACUGUGCACCCUACGGAACCAGUUUUUGUCGGUGGUACCGGAUCUGGUAAAUUUCACGUGUUUUCUCCUUUUAAUUUGGAUGAAAUUUAUUCGUAAUUUAUUUUCUCAAGUUUGCUCAUACUUGCUGUUAUUAUUACCUAUUUUAAAUGUGAUUGUUGAAUUUCGUGUCGCAAUUGUUCGUCUAUUUCCAUUUUUUUCGUUCUUAAAUUAAUUUUUAUUCGUAUAGUUCGUUUAUAUAUUUUUUAAUUCAACUACCUCAAAAAAUCUAAGAUUAAAUAUACACGGUAGAAAUUUAAUUAUCAAAAGUAAAGUAACUGCGAAAACAUUAUAAAAUGAAUCAUUGUUUAAAUUCAAAAUCUUAAGCAAUAAUUUAAUGCUCUCUAAACGUAGAGCUAAUCAGUAUAUUUUCUACAUUUUAUUUAUGAUUUUUAAGUAAUCACAAGUACAAAUUAAAAUUAACGUAUUUUUAUUAUUAAUUUCACCAUUUAUUAUUAUUUUUCAAAAUUAAAAAAAUUUAUUGAAAAGUUACACUUCUUCGGCCAGCGGUGCGGUGUCAAUGUACUUGGGGCAUCCUAUACAUUUUUUCCUGACUACGAUGUCCCAGCAUUGAUUACAGUAAUAGAAAUAGCAAUGUAUGGAUUUGCAAUGAUUUUCUCCACCGGAUUUCGGUUCUAAUUCGUGACAUAUCAGACAUGAUCUUCGACCUUGGUUAAAAUACAAUAACCAGGAGAACAGCUUUGGAUGUUUUAUUCUCAACGCUAAUGGGAAUGUUAGUGGUUCCUGUGAAAAAAAUGUAAAAAUAUUUCAAUGUUACCUAUCUCAUAUUUUAAAUUUGUGUAUCCUAUUUUGUGAUUUCGAGUAUAUGAAUUUGUUUACCGGUA